CAGUAGCUCGUUGGAGCUUUUACCUUUUUAUAAUGGAAAGUCGCGUAGACUGCACCAAGAGCCACUUACCUGACGACUGUCUGCUCGCUAUAUUUAGUAAGCUUCAGAAUGCGACAGAUAGAAACGCUUUCGGCCUGACAUGCCGCCGUUGGUUCGAGAUUCAAAAUUUGUCGCGGAGAUCGCUAGUAUUCCAUUACGAUUACAACCCGAAAGUUUAUCAGGCGUACACCCAAUAUCUACCGAGGCUUUUGGCUCGUUUUCCUUUUCUUCACUCAAUGUCUCUAGCCGGGUGCACCGAGCUUGCCGAUUCAGCUCUUGAACCACUAAGAAACUUCAGCUCGACUCUUCGAUCAUUUUCUUUAUACUGCUGUUUCGGUGUCACCGACAGAGGUCUCACCCUUGUUUCUCAAUCAUGCCCUAAUUUGGUAUCCGUCACGCUCCAUCGUUGCAAUAUCACUGAUUCCGGUUUGGAAAAUCUCGCCUAUUCGUGUCGCGGAUUGAAGAAUGUGAACCUCACGUACUGCCUACAGAUAUCCGACCGCGGGAUCGGCGCGCUCAUCCGAGCAUGCCCUGUCAUUCGUGCCGUUAUGAUCUCAUAUUGCCUUGGAAUAAAUGGGACUGGUUUUAAAGGAUGUUCAAGCAAUUUGACUUAUCUAGAAGCCGAUUCCUGCAUGCUUUCUCUACAUGGCUUGUCGGAAGCCCUGAGUGGCGGCGGGCUUGAGUAUUUAAACGUAUCGAACUUGAGGAAUUGGGUCGGGCCGGAUGGAUUGCAUGUGAUCGGCUUUGGGUUCGCCGCGAGACUUCGGUUCUUGAAUCUCCGAAUGUGUCGUUUCGUCGGCGAUAGCUCGGCGGCCAAAAUAGCUGAGGGAUGUCCGCUGCUCGAAGAAUGGAGCCUCGCAUUGUGCCACGAGGUGCGCUUCGCUGGCUGGCUGGCGAUUGGCUUAAACUGUAACAAAUUGAGGCUCUUGGACGUGAGUCGGUGCAGAAACCUUUGCGAUCGCGGUUUGCAAGCGUUGCGGGAUGGUUGUGACCGCCUCGAAGUGCUUCACACGAGCGGCUGCGCGAAAGUUACUUCGACCGGUCUUGAGAUAUUCAAGAUUAUGAGGUAUAAUGUGGCAAUAAGAAUGGAUGAAUGUGUUUCCUUUGGCCCUCGCCUCGACGAUUUAUUUAUGCAAUGGUGAUUCGAUUCGGCUGCUUCGUAGUGAUAACAAGAUUUUAUUUUUAGUAAAAUGACAUGUUAAUAUAUAAUUUCUGAUUCGAUUCUAUGACUCAGGCUUGUUCGCAGUAACUGUUAGUAUGAAUCACAUGUAAUCAUUGUUAAUACUGUUGUUUAUUCAGGAUUUCGUUAAUUGUGGGGUAAUAACAUGCGAGGGAACAAAUUCUAAUA